AGUCGGUGGAAAUUCGGUGCGACUUAGAUUUGUAUGUGGAAAGGUCGGGCUAGGGCCCGAAUUAGCCCCAAACGCGACAUUUUGGCGGCGGAGGCCAAUCGAUUGAGGCCUUUUCGUGCCAAAGAGGCUUCUUCUCCCGACGAGGGAGUAAGUGCAGCGGAAACUUUAGCGGCGCGAGCGGCAACCAGCGCCACUCAAACGUUGCUGAGCGUCUAAGGCGCUCCAGCCUUGAGCCCAGCGGUAGGACAGGCCGAACAAUUUUCGCGAUUUUUUUUUUUUGUCUUUUUUCACUCUGCGACCAUCACUCUUGAAAUUUUGCCACGAGAGAAGAGGAAAAAAGACCGUUGUGCAUUAACAGCGUGGUGUCGCCUCUGCGGAUGAACAUGACGACAACCACAGGCCACCCGCAGGCGACGUCGUCUAGCUCCAGUCAGCAACAGCGUCGCCACCAUCGUAGCAGAGGAGGCAGCAGCUCUAUGGACAUGGCACAGGACCCGAGAUUCGUCAGAAUGCAGGCCAUGGCACAGAUGCAAAUGCAACAGGGGUACAUGGGGUACAGUGGAGGGUACUCUCAGCAACACCAGGGGAUGAUGAAGCAGGGCCAGCCACAGCCGCAGAUGCGGUCGACUUCUUCACGUCACAGGCCAGAAGCUCAGCGCAGUAACCAGCCACAGACGCGUCAGCCAAGACUCCACAGAUCAUCGACCAACGAGAUGGUUGCUAGGCGUCCCGAGUUCUCGCAGAGAGACGAGGAAUUAGCAGGUCGACCGGCCAUGAUCGCCAUGAGUCAGGACGAUCUGCCAUUUAAUGUCCGACGGGAACGUCACAGUGGAGACAGGAUGGAGAACCGCAGCAGACAACGACGACCGACUGAGGAACAUCGCGGCAACAGCAAAACGGGCGCUUUCCAUGGCAACUGCAGGGGCAGCAGACCAGCAACAGACAGUCAGAGUCGCCAACGCUCAGCCACUACUGCUACAAGCAGCUCUCUAGCUCCAGGAACCCGUAACCCAGAGCCAUUGUCCCGUAACCAGGUCCCGUCACGCACGUCAGCGCCCAAUCAAGCUCCUGUACGCACGUCAGCACCCAGCCAAGAUCCUGUACGCACGCGCGGCCAGGCUCCUGUGCGUACAUCGGCGCCAACUCGCAGCUCCGUUCCUGAGCCUGUGGCUUGGCGUGUGGCUGUCGAUCCCAAGUCCAAGAAGCCGUACUAUUACCACCCGAUCACGCGCGAGACAACGUGGAAGAAACCAGCGGAACUGGUUGCUGCGGAGACGCGUGAGAAGCGCCAGUUCUUCUCGGUUAUGGAGAAUAACAUCCGCUUGAAACUUCGUGAUGGCUACUACACGCGUGACAGCGAGACGUCCAACUCGAGUCACAGUACACCGGAUGCAGUGCACAAGCCCCACGAGAUGUCUCCGCACCUCUCGACCCGCUCCUCAGCAAGCACCGUGAGUUGCAACAGCGCACGCAGCAGUUUUUGCUCAUUCACGAGCGGAUCAGCGCGGUCGCUGCCUGGAUCUGCUCGCCAGCUUAUUAUCAGCUCGACACGGUCGUUGCCGACGACUCCGGAGGGUAUGGGCGUACCGUGCAUGAUACCGGAUGAGAACCAGCCUCAACAGGAACCUGAGACCGUGGAGCGCGACUACGAGGAUGGCAAGAAACGACCAUCACUCUUUAGGACGCUGUCAUCGUACGAGACGCCAGUUGUGACCUCGUCUCGCAAGGGAAGUGACGGGAUUGACGUGGAUGAAGUCGGUCGCAGUGCCUCGACGUCUCUUGCAGUACCGUCGCCUAUUCAAGAGCGUGUACGUCUAGCUGCUCUAGUGCCGCGAGCCUCGGAUUUAGAGGCUUAUGCUCGUGCUGUGAGAGCGGCUAAUGGCAAGGGAAGACCGUCACUCCAGGCCAUGAUGGCGGGCAGAGGCAGCUCUGCAUCGGCGCUAAUGAACACGAAAGGACCAAGAAGCAAACCCUCUGCUCCCGCUGACAAGCCGCGUGCGCUACGACGUCGUUCUAACAGUACGAACUCCAUUUACUUGCGGAUGGGGACGAUGAAUUCCCCCGAUCAGGACGCUACAAUUCAGUGUGUGGCUACAGUCUUACGUGCGCAUAUGAUGGAGGCUUUGGAGGACCCGAUCCGCUCAGACCCGCGCUUCGACGUGUUCGUGACGACCCGAGAUCGCCAGCGUCUGGCGUCUGUCUCGGAUGAACUGGAUGGUGAAGCUUCUGCCUUUGUAGAGGUGGAGGACGACGAUGUUAUAUUGGAUGUGGUCCCCACUUUGUCGGAGAUCGCGUCCUUUAUCAAGAACGUGUUUUCCCGUGCUCAAAUGGAGUCGGAGUGCAUCAUCAUGAGUCUCGUGUAUGUGGAGCGUCUCCUGAAGGCAACAAGUGGAUUCUUACAGCUUCGUGGCGAGAACUGGCGUCGUCUGGUCUUCUGUUCCAUGGUGAUGGCUUCAAAGGUCUGGGACGACUUGAGUAUGACCAAUGCGGACUUCUCCAAGAUCUGGCCGGAGCUCUCGCUGAAGCAGAUCAAUGAGCUGGAACUCGUGUACUUGAGUGCUGUGGAGUACAAUGUCCGUGUGUCUGCUGUCUCGUACGCCAAGUACUACUUCCAUCUGCGCUCCAUGUGCGCGACUAUGGGCUUGUUGGAAGCGUUUGAUGAGAGUGCGCCGCUGAACUUGGAUGGAGCUCGAAAGAUGCAGGUGCUGUCGGAGGAAUACCAAGAGCGUUCGAAGCUCAUGCCGGUGCCGCGUCGACGCAGCGUGACCAUCACGACCACGUCAGCUGCCGAGAGUAUGCAGGCUGGGGCGAACGCUGGUCGCUCUGCGGUCGGUGGCGCGCGGUCCAAGCCGACUAAGGCUUCACCCGCAGCGAGUCUGGAGCAGCUUGUGCACAUGCAAGUACGUGUAGCUGGUGGCAGCUCGCUGGGAUCAAUGUACCGCUUGUCGAACCCGACAAAGCAAUGAGAAUGAGCUGCCCAAGCCGCCAAAUGGGAACGAGGAACGUGGAAUCAAGACGGCGGUGGACUGGUGAUGUUUUUUUUUUUAUUUUGAGUGAGUGUAGUGAUUCGUGCAGUGCCUAGUAGCUGUUGAAGAUGAACUUCUGGGAGGUGCAGCGUCGUCCCUGUUAGCUGGUGUACGGGUGAUGAAAAAGCAAGCAGCCUCGGAUGGAGAAAGAGAAACAUGAAUGUCAUGAGUGAAAAAAACUGGAUACUACUGUAAGUACCAGAAAGAAAACAAAGCCAAACGUUUGGAAGUGUACGAUGAGGUCUUGGACGAGUUGUCUGCUUUAUAGUAGCGACGUGAUGUAGGUCUGCAUCCACUCAAGUGUAGCUCGUUGUGCUGGAUCAACAGCAACGUCGGCGUCAUCUUCCUUAACUUGGUCGCUAGUAGCUGCAGCGUUCUUGUGCUGCUGAAGACGCUUUUGAAGUGCCGAACGAAACUUUGGGUCUUCUAGAACCGAAGUGUUUAAGGAUUCUAGUGAAGGUGUUGGGGCAGUUGAGUAUGGCGGAGGAGACACGUUAGGAUCGAAGCCUUCAGUCGAAUUUUCAUCUUCAUCGUCUUCGUCAUCGCUCGUAGUGUCAGACUCGAUAGCGCUUUUCAAUUGAAGGACCAUCCGCUCGAAUUCCAGAUUGGCCAUCCAGGGUAAAGACGUUAAGUCUUGGUCUUGUUCAUCGUCUUGGUUUGGGGUUGGAGGAUCCUUGUCUGCACAUUCUGGUAAGGAUGAAGUGAGAGUUGUUGGGGCUGGUGGGGGAGAUACAGUUACUGGUGUUUUGAAGUCUGGUAGCUGCUGGACCAAGAUGACUGGGUCGUCUAGUGGCGAUGCCAUUGCAAGGCGAGGUUUAUCACGGUUCUUACGCUGGAACUCGAGUCGGUGUUCACGAAGCGAAGGUUGACUCUUAUUAACGACUGCAGAGCCUCGAGUUUUUGGUGCUGAUAUUGGGGUUUUCUGCUUCGCAGGUUGGCGACGAAUUCCCGCUGAUGCUGGAGUUGGAGUUUGUUUACUUGUUUUGAGUGUUUUACCGAUGACCACUGGCUUCGGAUACGCUCGUGCAGAUGGUUUUGGUUUCGAGACGCCAAUAUUCUUCGCGAUGGCUUUAGAAGGAGCAGGAGGCGGCAGAUUCUUCACUAGCUCCUCUUUCUGGGCAGCCCACUGAAAUCAACAGAAUAGUACAUACACGUAUUAGCAGCUAAACCAACGGAGUAUGUUGUAUCAACUCACCUUUGCGUUGAAUGCAGCUGCACGUUCCGAUAUCCCAUUGUGAGCUUUAGCGUGGUCUUGGUCGCUUGCCUUCGAGAUGGUUGGAGGGUGAGGAAGUGCAGCCACAGCGGCAG